AUGCUUGCCGCAGCCUUCGCGACCUCCGCGGCCUCGGGCGUCGCCUCUCAGUGGCCCGUGUCGCGCCGCGGCGUGCUUUUCGCCGCUGUCGCCGCGCCUCUCGCGCCGCUGCGCAGCUCUGCCGCCGUCGACUGCCUUCAGGACUGCCAGUCGAACUGCUUCCGCGUGGCGCCGAAGAGCGGCCGCUACUGUCUCGACUCGUGCGCCGAAUACUGCGACCAGCCCGACCGGAGAGACGGUCUCUCUGGAAGCAUCUCGAACGACGCCGCCGAGGCGCCGCUGCCCUCCGAUGCCUCGCCCCAUCUUCCGCCCUCCCCGCGUCACAUCGUGCCCUUUCAAAAGAACCAAAAAGAGGGGUGCACGACGCCUCUACGCUGGGGCGCCGGCGCAUCGCCUCCCGCACUGCCGGAUGCGCUCAACCUGGCCCCAACCCUGCGCCGCGCGAUUGUCGGUGGCGGCACGCCCAACGGCGGGCCGGCGUCGGUCGAGGCGUUUGGCCCGGCGCGAGAGAAGUGCAGUCUGCAGAGGCACCUCACAUGCGUCAUGCGUCACCGCCUCCGGCACACGGCACAUGCGACAUGGGAUCAAGUGUACAUGGGACAUCAAGCGCCGACCGAGAAGGAACUGGCGACAGAUUUGCGGAGGCAGUAG